UUUACUCACGUCACCGAUUUUGACAGAUAACCUAACCUAGUUUUAUCAAAACGAUUAUAACCACGGUAUUUUCGUUUAAAAGAUUAAAAGCCGGAAUGCAUGAAAUGGCCGAACCAUCGCAACCAAAUCAACAGGAUAUAUCAGCGGGUACUUCCACUACGGUGACUACUUUGGUAGAGGAGGAAAGUGAGGUUGAUGUACCAACCGUAACUGUAAAAUUAAAGAAGCCAAGAACUGACAGAAAAGUGCAAUGGACCACUGAAACGAUUGAUAAUGAAGAAAUGAACAAGAAAAAAUCAAAAUGUUGUUGUAUUUAUAAAAAGCCCACUCAAUUUGGUGAAAGUUCAAGUUCGGAUAGUAGCGAUGACGAAUGUGAUCAUUGUCAAGGUCACGUUGAAAAGAAAAAGAAAAAACGUGGUUUAGCGGACGGCCAAUUGGAAGGUGAAGGAAAUGGAGCUGAAAACGAACAUGUUUUAAACGUGGUUGAGUCGAUAGUUGAUGUUGUUCCGGAUGUAAAUAACGAUCGCGCCCAACAGGAAGCGACGUAAUUUUUUAACGCAAUAAAAAUAUCGACCGAAUUCAUAUCAGUAUAAUCGAUUACAAAAUCAAUUAAAGAAAAAUUAAUUAAAAAAAAAAUAAAAUUUAAAAAAUCAGUAUUCGUUUAAUUAAGAAAAUUUAAGGAAAAUAACAAGCAUUUGAUGUUGAAAAUAAGACUUACUCCCAAUUGAAAGAUGAUAAUGUAAUUUUUGUCAUUUUAUUAAAAAUAGUAUCAAUAAAAAAUAAAACUCCCUUCCUAAUAUUGAUGUAAGGUUGUUAAUUUAAGUGCUAUGUUGUGAUACCUCUCUUUUGAGUUCCAUUUUUCCUUGAUAUUUUAGUUGUUUAAAAAAAUAUGUUAUUAAAAAAUAUUUAAUUUAUAUGUAACUGUUUAUAACAACUGUUUUUGUAAACAUUCAAUACUUAAAUAAUUGUGUUAUUAAUAAAUAAAUUGUGCACAAAUCAU